AUUGGAGGAAUCAAUCCCAAAUGAGCCGUUAUUGUGUCAUCCCCGGUUGUCCGGUAAAAUCAAAUGCCCCAACCAGAAGGCAAACUGUAGCAUAUAGACUCUCCAGAAGCAAUGGACCAUCAAAUGGGAAAUAAUUGGAAAAAAAUUCAAUCCAACGGUCAUCAGCAUCCAUAACCAUAGAUGAAAUGCAAGUUGGGUUCAACGGACUCGUCACUCCAUAGACCCCGCCGAGAAAAGUCUCUCCUUCCUCGGACCCUUUGCUGGGUCUGAGAGACUCCAUUCGGAUCCAUCCGACCGUCACUGACCUUUGGAAAAGUCUCAACGUCCUUAAACUCAAACCUCCAGAGGCCCCAACCAAACCAUCUCCAACCAGCAACCAGCAAACAUGGCCGAUCACGACCACAACCACCACCAUCACCAGCACAGGCCUCACCGCCUCUCACUCCCUCAACGCCCCACCACACCCACCACCUUCGCCGCUACACCCACCGCUUUCCCCACCACACCCACCACGUCUAGACAAUACCCUGUUUACCCUUUCUCAUCGUCUUCAACCCCAAUCGCAACUCCGACCAAACAUCGCCUCUCUUCUCUCAACCCCAAACCAUUCAAUCCCAACAACAACAGCAAGUCCUCUCUUUCAUUUCUCUUCUUCCUCCUUCUCUCUCUUCGCUCCCUCUAUUCCCUCCUUCCGUUUCUUCGCUCCUCCCCUUCUUUCUCUCUCUUCCCCUUCUCUUUCCUUGUCUCUCUCCUCUCUUUCCUGCUAACCCUCUCUUGCUCCCUCUUCACCUCCUCCUCCUCCUCCUCCUCUUCCAAAGACCCGUUUCACCAAAAGCAAAACCAACCCAUCUUCUCUUUCACCCUGAUCACGCAAUCCCAGCACAGAGUCUUGGUCGCCAAAUCGAUUCUUCUCGCCAUCGUCUUCCUGCUUCGUUUUCAGGCGCUUCGAUAUUGCGGCGCCGCCGCCAUGAUCCUCGCUGAAUUGUCCGGAAACGUUGCCGCACGGUUCCUGGCCGAGGGCCGGGACUCGAAUCUCGGUGGCGAUCGGAAUCGGUCCUCCAAGGUUCGUGGGUUCCUCGCUCUGUUUUCUGGGUUGCUUUUGUUAUCUUUGAGUUGGGAUCGGAUUGAAUGCUUCCCAUUUUCUGCUAAGUCGGUUGAAAGUUUGGGACUUUCGGUGUUUCCAAGAGUGGAUUGUGUUAGAAUUUGGCCAAUGUUGCUUCCAUUUCUAUCUGGGUUUUUGGGGUGUUACGAGCGUGUUUCGAUGAAUUGGGGGACAAUUAGGCAAUUAGGUCGGAAGAGGGUUCGUUUAAUUUCGUUGUUCUUUACAACUGUAGUGCUUUUCGUUCCUGCUGUUGUUAGUGUUUUCAUGUUUGAAGCUGAGGGAGAUGGAGUUUCCUUUGGAAAUUUGGCUUGGCCUCUGGCAAACACUGUUGUUUUUGGGGUGCUUCUGAGUGAAAGUUAUGGUGAUGACAAGUCAUUGAGUUCUAAGGACUUCCGGAAAGAGUAUUUGGUUACAUUUUUAUGCACUCUUGUUUUGGAGUUGUUUUAUUUUCCUGAACUAUCACUUUGGGGACUAUUGCUCUGUGGUUUGUUACUAUAUGUUGCUGUUAGGGAAUUGGAUCCUUAUUACUCAAAUUAUCUUGAACUGGGGAUGGACUCUUCUGAAUCAUUUACUACUGCCAUUAUGAAGCCUAUUAGACACAUUUUGAGUGAGAGGAAGUCUCGCAAGAUUGCACUUUUCCUUCUGAUCAAUACUGCAUACAUGUUUGUGGAAUUUGCUGCUGGGUUCAUGAGUAAUAGUCUAGGGCUGAUAUCAGAUGCCUGUCACAUGUUGUUUGAUUGUGCUGCCUUGGCAAUUGGGCUAUAUGCUUCGUAUAUUUCACGUUUGCCUGCGAAUCAUCAGUUUAAUUAUGGUCGUGGGAGAUUUGAGGUUCUUUCAGGAUAUACUAAUGCUGUUUUCCUGGUGUUGGUUGGAGCAUUAAUAGUGUUGGAGUCGUUUGAGAGGAUUUUGGACCCUCAGGAGAUAUCAACUAGCAGUUUAUUAGUUGUUUCAAUUGGAGGGCUUCUUGUCAAUGUGGUUGGCUUAGUCUUCUUUCACGAGGAGCAUCAUCAUGCUCAUGGUGGAUCUGGAUCAUGUUCCCACUCCCACCAUCACCAGCAUUCGCAUCAAUCUGUUGGACAUGAUCAUGGAGGUCAUGGGAAGCAUGAGGAGUCUAUACCUAUUUCCAUUGAAUGCCAUGAAAAUUCAUGUUCCGGCCAUGAUGACCAUCAUGAACACCAACAUGGCAGUUAUAUCGGUUCUAAAGACCACAAUUUCUUGAGCAGUGAGUGCCAUGAUCACGAUGGCCACAGUCACCAGCACGACCACCAUGGACACAGUCACCAGCACGACCACCAUGGCCACAGUCACCAGCACAACCACCAUGGCCACAGUCACCAGCACGACCACCAUGGCCACAGUCACCAGCACAACCACCAUGGCCACAGUCACCAGCACGACCACAUUGGCCACAGUCACCAGCACGACCACAUUGGCCACAGUCACCAGCACGACCACCAUGGCCACAGUCACCAGCAGGAUCAGCACGAUCACCCCCGCCAGCACGAACACCAUGACCACUCCUGCCAGCACGAACACCAUGACCAUGCCCAGCAGCAUACUCAUUCUUCUGAAGGCAAAGAAGUGGCGGAAUCUCACAUUCGAGGGGCAGGUUUUCAGCUGAAAAAACUGUCAACUGAUGGAGAAAAAACAGCUAGGCAUCAGCACCACCACAUUGACCACAACAUGGAAGGAAUAUUUUUGCAUGUUUUGGCUGACACCUUGGGAAGUGUCGGAGUGGUUAUAUCAACUCUCUUGAUUAAGUACAAGGGAUGGCUUGUUGCUGAUCCUGCCUGCUCGAUAUUUAUUUCUGUCUUGAUUAUAUCUUCAGUUAUCCCAUUGCUGAGAAACUCAGCAGAAAUCUUGCUCCAAAGAGUUCCCAGAGCACAUGAGCAGGAUAUGAGAAAAGCUCUUAUUGAUGUUAGGAAGAUACGGGGGAUUUCUGGCAUUCGAAACUUGCAUAUAUGGAGCUUCACCAACUCAGAAGUAGUGGGGACUCUCCAUCUUCAUGUUUCAACAGACAUUGACAAGGCUCUUGCAAAGGCACAGGUGUCACAUGUACUGUACGAAGCUGGAAUCAAGGAUUUAACAUUGCAGUUGGAAUGUGUUGGACAAUAGCUUUAUAACUUUUGACGUUUUUCUUCACCUUGACAGAACUAACUGUGAGAGAGUAGGCCAUUUGUUGUGGACUCAAAGUGAUUUUCUGAAUAUUGGCUGAUAAACUCCUUCAGUGAGCCUGUCGGGGAUUACAAAUGGGUCCUGCAGCGCUUCUUUUGUCAUCGUUCUGGAACUCUUCAUGUACAUCUUGAAGCUCAGAGAUGUUACCAAAGGUUAACAGGAUUAUGAUACCAAUCUUCUCUGCUUGGAGAUCAGCAUGCAUCGCAUUGAUAGUUCGUGUUUGUGGUUCGUGUAAUUGUGUUUGUGUGGGCAUGUAAAGAAACAUGCAAAGGGAUUGGAUGUGUAACUUUUUUUGGCAGGCAAUAUAUGUAGUUUGUGGUUCAUAUCCAUGAAUCAUUUGGAUUUUCUUUUUCGUUGGUUAAAAGCACGAUUUAAAGAUGUAUCACCAGCUGGCAUAAUAAUCUACCAGGACGUGGAAAUUCAUUGAAUGGAUGUAAUUUCGAUCA